CCCCAGCCUGAGCUAAUUAUUGGGAGCCUGAUGUUGAUAAAGUUAAAGCGCCCGGGCGCCCUGCAGCAUGAGCCCCUCGCCGCGCCGCCGCCUCCUCCUCCGGCAGCAGCACCCCCGGCCCCAGCCGCCCCGCCGCCAGCGCCCCCAGCCCCGCCGGCACCCCCCGCGCUAGAGCCGCCCCCAUGAUGGACAGCCGCAUCCUGGAGCAUCCCCAUGCCCAGUUCGGGGGUAUGGUGGGUUUCCCUUACCCGCUCGGGCACCAUCACGUCUACGAGCUGGCCGGGCACCAGCUGCAGUCGGCGGCCGCCUCCGUCCCCUUCUCCAUCGAUGGAUUACUGAGUGGCUCCUGCGCCGCCUCCGUCGUCAACCCGGCGCCGCUCAUCCCCUCGGGCUGCGGGGUGAGCGGGGACAGCCAGCCCUUCAAGCUCGCAGACUCGGGUGACCCGGACAAAGAAAGUCCUGGCUGUAAAAGAAGACGAACCCGCACCAAUUUUACUGGCUGGCAGCUCGAGGAGCUGGAAAAGGCGUUUAAUGAGAGUCAUUACCCGGACGUGUUUAUGCGAGAGGCUCUGGCUCUCAGACUGGACUUGGUGGAGUCCAGAGUGCAGGUCUGGUUCCAAAACCGCCGGGCCAAAUGGAGAAAGAAAGAGAACACGAAGAAAGGCCCGGGGCGGCCGGCUCACAACUCCCACCCCACGACGUGCAGCGGGGAGCCCAUGGACCCCGAGGAGAUCGCCCGCAAGGAGCUGGAGAAGAUGGAGAAGAAGAAGCGCAAGCACGAGAAGAAGCUCCUCAAAAGCCAAAGCCGCCACCUGCACUCGCCCAGCGGCCUCUCCCUGCACAGCACGCCCAGCUCCGACAGCGACAGCGGCGGCGGGGGGGGCCUCUCGCCCGCCCCGCCCGAGGCCAAGCCCCGCGGGCAGCCCCCGCCGCCCCACCCGCCGCCCCCCGCUGCCGCCGCCCCCUCCGAGCCGCCCCCCGGCACCUGCGACCAGGCGGCAGAGCCCUUCUACCCCAGCCAAAGAAGCGGGAGCGGGCGGCUCCAGCGCCCGCCCGACAAGGACUGCGCGGCCGCCCCGUCGGGGGACGGCAGCGGGGGCGCGGGGGGGCCCCGCGGUGCCGGCAGCUUCCACAAGCUCAACCCCUUCAGCGUGGAGAGCCUCCUCUCUGACUCGCCCCCCCGUCGCAAAGCCGCGCCGGACUUCCCCAGCCUCCCCCCCUGCGCCCCCCGCACCCUCAUCGGCAAAGGACACUUCUUGCUCUACCCCAUCACCCAGCCCCUGGGCUUCCUCGUCCCGCAGACCGCCCUCAAGGCCAGCCCGGGCCCCGAGGCCGGUCAGCCCCCCCGGGACUCCCCGCUGCCCGCCGCCAACCCCGGCCCGCCCGGCUGCAGCGCGGAGCCGGCGCCCGCCGGUGCCCAGCCCGGCCCCACGGACUCGGGGGCGGCGGCGGCGGCGGGGUCGGUGCCACCUCCUCCGCCGGCCGGAGCUUCGCCCCGCUCCGCGGCCGCGCACGGUGACCCGGCGGCGGCCGCCCCCGCGGAGGGCGGCAGCUUCCCCCGGCCCAAAUCGCCGGUCCGGGCGCGGGACGCCAGCACAGCCAGGGACAGAUCGGACUGCGGCGACGGCGAGGAGGUGGACAUGGACUGACCGGGCGGGGAAUACUAUUAAUAAAAAAUAAUAAUAAAAAAGGAAAAAAUAGCAAAAAUAAACCCACCCGAGAACGACACCGACACCCCCCACGCCCGUCACCCGUGAGGAACCGGGGGGAGUGCUUCCCCGCUCGCCCCACGCACACCGUUCCCGCAGCCCGCGGGAGGCGGUGGCACAGCCGAGAAAGCGGCUCUUCCUCUCCUUAGAGUUUAUCACAGGUUGAUUCAGGUGAUCAGUUAGAGCUUUUGGGUUUUUAUAUUUAAAGGGAAAAAAAAAAAGAAAACGGGGUAAAAACAAAAAAAAGGGAAAAUUGUUUGUUAAGGCUUAGCAGCAGCUGGACUUUGUGGUGUGACGAACUGUACCGCGACAACAACGGAACUCCUCAAAACCCUUGUAAAAUGCAAAAAUGUCUAAGAAUAUUUAUAUAUGUAAAAUUUUUGAUAAAUAAAGGCUCUAA